AUGUCGGCAUCGGAAAGCAGCAGCAAGAUCCAGGACGAGUUGGCCAUGUUGUUUGACCGCCAGAUGUCCAUGACGAUGGCCCCUGCUCCAACCCCUCCUCGUAACGAUAAUUACGAAGCUAUCCCGCACUACAACCAUUCAGCGCACGUAGCUUCAUCGGCCCCAACUACCUCGAACAUGCAAGCAAACAGCCAAGCAGAUUCAAUGGCGCUGAUGGUGCAGGAUAUCCAUGCCGUUCUCCGUCACCAUGGAUUAGACCCCGCUACCUUUUCCAUGGCCCAGCUCGAACUAUUCAAAAAUGCGGAUGCUGCCCAGCAAAGGCGGUUGAUACAGACUUGGCAGUUCUAUAGCACACCGCAAUCAUCUUCAUCCCUGGAUCUUGAGAUGAACGACGACUCAAUGGCGGAGUUUGUGGAAUAUCAUGGCGAACAUGCAGAGCCCUACAUGACUUCCGGUUAUGGAGUGGAAGCAGUGGAAGCGCAGGAUACUACUACUCCUACUACCGCCGUGGAGCCAUCGACCGGAAAGCCCUACGACUCGUCUACAGAUCCGGUAUACAGAGGAGCACAGGAGUGGUGGGAGAUGCCGCGGACUAGUUCCAUGGAGUCGCAGUAUGGGUUAUUCGAAGAGCGGAGUCGGCAUUACUCGAACUCGAACUCGAACUCGACAUGGCAACCGCAACGGUGUUUCCACUGA